CGUUGUAAAGGUCAUACUUUUGACCAUUACCUGGAAGACUUUCCGCUGUUAGUCUUCCUGGAAUCUCAGACUGUUGUUCAUCCUCCUGUUUUCAAUCAAGAUUUGUAUCAUAACACCCUGCGCCUCUACAGCUGAGCUUGCCAGGGCAUCUUAUCAGAUCUACAUUAGUACACACUCUCUGUCCUUAUCCAUCCCAGCAUCUGAUCUUACACCAUGGCUCCCUCUGAAGUCCACAACGAUGGACCAAGCGAAGGAUCGAACGCCCUGAGCUGCGGAAAAUCCACUCAAGGGAAAUGUGAUAGUGCUUCACUUACAAACGGCCAUGCCACAACGCAGCCGAUCCCGCGAACCGUGGAAACAAUGGGCUACCACGAAGCAUUUCGUUUCGGAGGAGACCACUUGGCAAACAACGUCGCCCGAGUCGUUGAACAGAACCCUGGUCUAGGAAGAGGCGUCCUCGAUGCAUUCGGCGUCAACAUGGCUCAGACGGCCCUUGGCUAUCGCGAAUGGGCUCUGCUGUCUCUCGCUAGUUUGACGGCCAUGGGCGACACGAGUGACCAGCUGAGAGUCUACGUGGAAGGCGCAGCAAGACACGGAGCGACGAGAGAAGAGGUCCAAGAUGUGUUCAGGCACGCACAGGCAUUCGUGGGUGCUCCUCGAGCAGUGAACGCCGUGCGGAGCACGUGGUCGCUGUGGUCGACGCUUUGGCCCGAGAGUGCCCAUGGAUACACGGAGAACAUUGUCCGCCUGGGCGAUCAUGAAACGCUCGUUCGAGACAGCCAGGGGCCUGGAGUCCCCGUCGUUCUGAUCCACGCUCUCAGUAUGGACCACAGGAUGUGGAGAGAGGUGUUCCCCCAGCUGGCAGCGACCGGUGCUCGCGUCAUCGCGUACGACCUCCGUGGCCACGGAUACGCCCGUGGUGCAUCGUUGACUCGCAGCCUGGAACAUCUCUGCGCUGACCUGGAGCUCCUCCUCGAUACCUUGGGAAUCGAGUCCGCGGACAUCUACGGCGCUUCAUACGGCGGGGCUGUCGCACAGUAUUUUGCCUUGGACUAUCCUCAACGCACGCGGUCGCUGGCUGUUCUGGCGACUGCUGCCAAAGCACCAGAAGUCCUCGCCUCCCGCGCGACCCGCGCGGAACAGAACGGCAUGGAAUCGCUGGUGCCCGAGUCUAUUAUCCGGUGGUUCCUCCCAGAGACCAUCGCACAGGACACCUGGUGUGUACGGUACGCUCGAGCAUGCGUCCGUCGGGCCCGUGUUGAGGAUUGGGCCGCGGCGUGGAGAGCAAUGGCUCAACUGGACUGCGUAGACAGGCUCCAGGAACUGAAAGUCCCGGUGCUGGUGCUCUCUGGGAAGCAGGAUGCGUCCUCCACGACGGCCAUGAUGAAAGAAAUCGCCGAAGCAUGCAAAGGCACCACCGCUGAUUUUGUGGAAGUAGAUCCAGGAACACAUAUGAUGGUGAUGGAGAUGUCAAAGCCCGUGGCAGAAGCGCUCAUCAGGUUCCGUGAAAGCGUCGAGCCCAAGUCGACCUGAUAAAAUACACACAGAGUGAGGCGGACAUGAGCUCAGUUGGCAUUCGACCUCAAACAAAUUCUGCUGUAUCAUGUAAGAAACAAGCUUCAUAAUACAGCUACGGACGCCUUGUUUGGCAAUGCAGAGCUGUGAGUGCUCUCGAAGAUGA